AAUGUGGUGUCAAGGCCCCGUUCGCGUCUUUUGCAGGAGGGUGUGAAGACGGAGAAUGACCACAUCAACCUGAAGGUGGCCGGGCAGGACGGCUCUGUGGUCCAGUUCAAAAUCAAGAGACACACCCCGCUGAGCAAGCUGAUGAAGGCCUACUGCGAGAGGCAGGGCUUGUCAAUGAGACAGAUUAGGUUCCGGUUCGAUGGGCAGCCGAUCAACGAGGCGGACACCCCGGCCCAGCUGGAGAUGGAGGACGAAGACACCAUCGACGUGUUCCAGCAGCAGACGGGGGGCUCGAGGGAGACCGGCUGCCGCGCAGGACGCCGCCUCUAAACGGAACGGCCCCCCUUCGUCACCGUCCUUGUAUUUGCCGUUGAAUAGUGAGCACGUGACCAUGCCAAUCGCAAAGGAGUCUGCGGAGACCGAGGACAUCCACCCACAUUCCUUUCCUCUGUGACACACUGCGGGUGCCACUCAGAACUCUGCAGGGAUGAAUCCUCCCUCACCUGAACCCGGGCCGGGCACAGUUGUCAUCUUCGUUUAGGGAAAUGAGUCGUGAGGCUUUUUGGGAUUUUGCUUUCAUUUUUGUUUUUCUUUCCCCUUCCUAUGACAUGUCCCCCCAGCUUGUGGCCUGAAUGUCCCCUUUUAGUCUAGAUGGGGAUCUUAUCCCAGGUAUUGACACCCCCCCAAUCCCCCCCCACCGCUUAUUCCGAUCAUGUAGAGAGCUCAUGUCACCACACUGGGAGUGCUUCUGUGGGACAAGUGUUGGGGGCACGGUGGGGAAUGGGAGACAAACUUCCGGUUCCCAUUUUUUGUAGGCACAGGUUUUUUAAGUGCUAAAUAUUGCAAAUUUAAGUUUUGUGAGAAUAUGGUAGUCGAAGGGAGAAUACUGGAAUGCUUUCUGAAAGGUAAGAAGGAAAACAGCUGAGUCCCUCAGCAACAGGGCCCGGGGUGCUCUGCUCCUCGAUGUCCCCUUGGGCAGUGGCAGGCACAGCGCCCGUGAUGCUACACGGGAGAAGCGUGGUCAGUGACAACUGGCUUUGCCCCUUUUCUUAAUGCAGAGGAAAGUAACCCCCACGUCUCUCACUUGGUGAUAGUACUGUGGCCUCAGUUCUCUUCCCGUAUUUGCUUCUGAUGAGUAAUUAUGGCCUCUAUAUAGAAAAGUACGAUUAAGUAUUGCCGAAUUUGCAGUGACGUUUUUGUGUCAAAGAGCUACUUACAAGUGUGGCCACACGCAGGUCCGCGCCCAGGGCCUUCCUGGCCCUCACACGGACUGUGCUCUGCUGCUUCUCGAAUCUUAGCUGUGAUUCAGUUCUGUGAAGCGUCUGGGGAUCUGUAUCUGUUCCACCCUGAGUCCCACUGCCCUUUCGUACGGACCCACUGCUGCCUGAUGGCCCUGCUCUGCCUCGUCUGCCACUUGGACAGCGCGACCGUGACCGCCGUCUCUUGCUUGCCUGGAGUCUCGCCUUCUCUUGUGUUUUGCUGUCGGGGCGCGGGUGGGGCCUGCUGGCUGUUUAUUCACCAAUUUGUACAUUUCUUUGUUGCCCUUUACUACUGUAAACAGUAAAUAUAGUUUGGUAUUCGGU